AUGUCUCAUAAGCAUGAUAACCCAAAAAUGCACCAGGAAGAUUCAGUGGAGGCCAUCGAAGCUGAACCGCGGGCCACUCACCUUGAAGACCUCUCCAGGAAGGACAAAGCUGUCGAGCUGCUCGAGGACAGCGGCCACAGCGCAGUGCUGACCCCGGAGAACAAUGCCCGAGUGCUGCGGAAAAUCGACCUCAGGAUCCUACCAAUCAUUCUGGGAAUAUAUUUCCUGCAAUCGCUGGACAAGACAACCCUCGCAUAUGCUUCUGUCUUCGGCCUUAUUGAAAAGACAAACCUGCAUGGCUUACAGUAUUCAUGGCUGGGAUCUGUCGUCUAUCUCGCGCAGCUUGUGUGCCAACCAAUCGUGGCAUAUACCCUGGUGAAAUUACCAUUGGGAAAGUUCCUUGCAGUUUCAGUGUUUGCGUGGGGUGCUGUCCUCUCUGCGAUGACAGCGGCGCAUAAUUUCGGAGGACUGCUUGUCUGUCGGAUGUUUCUUGGGGCUUUUGAAGCAGGAAUUGGUAAGAACUGCUUCUUGGAACCCGUUCAGAUGCUGUACAUUGACCAUGUGUGGGAGUUUAGCACCGGCUUUCAUCGCCAUAACUCAGAUGUGGUACCGGAGACGAGAGCAACCUGUGAGGCUGGGCGCAUGGUACGCAAUGAAUGGUAUUACGAACAUGCCAUCGUGCUAUUCUUCAUGCCGGACACCCCCUUGAAAGCCAAAUUCCUGAAAGAAGAAGACAAACUCAUUGCCAUUGAAAGAUUGCGAAUGAACCAGCAGGGUAUCAAGAAUUAUGUUUGGAAAUGGGAUCAUGUGAAGGAGGCUUUUCUGGAUAUGAAAACUUGGCUGUGGUUUGCCAUGUUAUUCUCUAUUUCUAUUCCCAGCGGGGGAGUUUCAACCUUCGGUCCCCUGAUCAUCAAGGGCUUCGGCUAUGAUCAGUUCACGUCAAUUCUUUUCAACAUGCCCUUUGGAGCAGUUCAGCUGAUAGCAACAAUGGGAGGUGCAUGGUUGGCAAUGGUCUGGAAGCUGAAAGGACCGGUUCUUAUGCUUUUGUCGGUUCCACCCAUCAUUGGGUGUGUUAUGCUGCUCAUUAUCGCCCAUGAUGCCGCACACAGAGGCCCCUUGCUUGUGGGGUAUUAUCUGAUAUCUGUAUACCCGGGAAUAACUCCAUUGAUCUAUUCCUGGUCUGCAGGAAAUACUGCUGGGGAGACCAAGAAAAAGAUUACUACGGCUUUCAUGAUUGUGGGACAAUCUGCUGGUAAUCUAACUGGCUCAGGUCAUUGGGCCGACGUUGUAUACAACAGGGGAAGCGCCCCUGUAUCGUCGUGGUCUUAUAUCAAACCUUGUGCUAUUCAUUGUGUUGAUAGUGCUAUAUGCAAGCGAGUAAGCAUGGGCAAACAAGGCAAAAUGGUUGAUCACUCGAUGAACGCUGUUCGUGCAGUCGAAGACACAGAGGCUGUGAAGACCUCACAGAACCAAGGCCACGACAAUUCGCUUGAUGAUUUGACCGACUGGCAAAACGAGGACUUUGUCUCUUUAAUUGAUCAACAGUCGAUCCCCACCCAGACUAUGUAUAUAAGCGAGGCCUUCUCUCCUAGUUACUGGAAAGAAGAGGAUUCCUUUCUUGUCGACAAUCGAAGGUCAAAUGUGAUGGAAAGAGGCCAUGCUCGAGAUGUCAUGCAACUGGAAAAACCUGCGUUUUCUUUGAAGUGCCCAAAGAUCCUACUAUCGAGUAUGAAUUCGCAAAUUGGAUCUGAGAAUGUUUCACCCUCUUCUAACAGACUACAUAAAUGUAACAGGAGAAUUGAGAACCUCGAAUUCGAGGUGCGGCGUCUGGCUGACCAGUUGAACGAGGUGCGACAGCUGCUUCAGCGCUCUGAUUCGCAAACGUCAACGUCUCAGAUACCGCCGCGACCUCAAAUCGACGUAGUAGAUCCGUCGAACUUGCCGCAGCAAGUCUAUGGCAGCGGAAGCGUCUUCACGCCGACACCGCAGUCCACCACCCAACUGGACAGUUUGACGUACUUUCAUCCAGCUCCUUCUUCUUCCGAGGUGGAUAAAAACGCUGCCAGCCAUGACCAGCGGUCUUCGCAGUUGGGCUCUACGCCGGGGGAAAUCCCCAUCCAGUCGCUGCUCGAACCCCAUCCUGCAACGAGCAUGAAAAGGAAACGCUCCAAUUUCGAAAUUCAGGAUGGGCCUGUUCCUGACUUUAUCGUGAAGGGAUUGAUCAGUAGAGAGCAGGCCGUUUUGGCGUUUACAACCUUUUUCGAAGGAUGUGCUGCCGUGUCACAAACAGCAAUGCUGGUUAUAGCGUGCUAUACCUCCGAGCGCUCUCUAUUCUUGUCCUUUGCGACGCGCAUGGCACUCGAUCUGAAACUGCACGAGGCGUAUGGAGAACUAAUCCAACGACUAUCUCUGCGAGAUAAUACCGAUGAAUCGUCCAGUGGCGUUAAUAUUAUUCAUAAUAACAAUGAAUUCGACAGAGAGGAGCGGUUGCUGAUGCGCAAGGCCAGAGUCUGCUUCUGUGUGGAUGCAGGCAAACCCCCAGCGAUCCGGGAAACUGGAGAUCCGCGUCGGUGUAGAAUACUGCUGAACCAUCCGUCCUCGACGGCGUUGGAUUUGCGACUGUUGUCUCAGGUUGAGUUGAACUUUCUCAGAGCCAAGACGAAUGACUCGCUGAGCAGAGACACGAGUCUCGAGCGACUGGAUGUCAAUGAUUUCGUCCGCGAGGCAAAACUUGACCUUGACGUGUGGUUUGAUGAUUGGGUUAGGAUAAUGAAAAGCUCCAGGACCGCAGGAGACGAGAGGUCAUCACUCUUGGUCAACCUCAGCAUACAGAAAUGCUGGGCGGAGAUGAUGGUAUACUGCAAAGUGCUGAGAUACAUGGGAGUGGAAAAUGUUGCCGCCAUGUCUCCCACGGAACGGAAUUUCCUCCUCAAAGCCAAGAGAAGCGCAAGAAAGCAUCUCCAGCUCAUCACCGCCGAGCCGGAACAUUACCUCAGGAAACUGCGCUACGCCAUGGACUUCGUAUGGGCCAAAUUCGCCUUCUGCUUCCUGCUCCUGCUGAAGCUUUCGCGACUGAUGCCCGAAAGCGCCGAGGAAAACCGCCAUCUCCUCGAGGAAGGGAACCGUCUGCUAGAGGAGAUACCGUCCAGGACGGAUAAUAACACCCAUCAUCACGGAGGAGGAGGAAACGAAACAGGCAACAGCGACAGCAACAUCUACCUGCAAAUCCUCAAACUCAGUAUCGAGAAAUUCGGCAAGACUGCCGACAUUGUAUCUCCCGCCACCACCACCGCUGAGACAAACCAUCAGGAAGAUGAAGGAGGAGGAGGAGGAGGAGGAGGAGGUGGUGGUGGUGGUGAUAGUGGAGGCGGUACCGCCACAGGAUCCUUCUGGGAACUGUUCGACGCGCAGACGGACCUGCAGUCCUUCGUACUACGGCAGUUCGUCUUCGAGUGGGAUUUUCCAGGCCUCAACCUUUUCUAUUUCCCGACGGCGUGGCAGGAUUUUUUCAGUGAUUUUUCUUUGAAUGUGUAA